GAUAGAAGUGUGGGAUUUAGUGGUGCUGUUAUCGUUUACUAGUUCGUUUGGACCCUUAAUUUUAUCUUAUUUCGUUUGGUUUGGAGUAUUGUAAUCAGACAGAGCGCGUACAGGGGUGUGAUGAAUUGGAAGUUACUCUUUCUGACGGUAGCAGUGCUCUUGUUGGGCAGCUGCACCGCCAAUUUCAAGAAAAAUCGGAGAGGUGAACAUCUUACGAGAGACUUGAUAGAUAUUGACUCUAAAGCAGAUGGUGCAGAACUAGAACAUAAUGGAAGUGGAAAUGGAGUAAUAGUAUCAGAUGACGAGGACCUAUUGGAAGGAUCUGCAGAUGAUGAUGUUGAUGAAGAAGACAUUGGAAUAUCAGGAUCUGGUUUGAAUAAAGAUUUCUUAGGGAAGGAUACAACACAGCCACAGUCUACUAGACCACUUUCAGAAUGUGAACGAUUGCGAAAUUCUGUAAAAGAUACAGAUUACGUCAGGAUAACAAAAUCUUAUGUACCAAGAUGUACAUUGGAUGGUGCUUAUGAACGUCUACAGUGUCGAGGAGAGCCUGGCAUCGAUGAAUGCUGGUGCGUGUUCCCCAAUGGUAACCGUGUUGAGGGCACUACCAUGCAUGGACCAAAGACACCUGACUGUCAGUUUGGUUCAACAUUAAAAAGAUGUGUACAUUUACUGCUAAAAAACAGCUGGGGUUUCCUAGGGACGUACCGACCUCGCUGUACCAUUGAUGGAGAGUUUGAAGACAUACAGUGUUUCGAGGGAGACUGUUGGUGUGUGGACAGUAUGGGCGAUGAGGUUUUCAACACACGUGUGCACACCUCACACGCCUCACACACGCCUGUCUGUGAAGCAACAACAGAAAAGGCUUUGACAACUAAGGGGACACGGGCACCAGUCACUGCUGAGCCAGCCAAGCCAGGCAAAGAUAAGAAGAAACCGGGAAAAGGAUACGAUACUGAAACAGACAUCUCACCUGGCAUUGACUUUAUUGAUACUGAAUUUUCUACACAUGUCCCAGAGCAGGAGGCAACUACAAAAAAGAAAAAUGUAGAGUUGGAACCAUUUGAACCAGUGGAGACAGAAGAUGAGGACAACCUCUCUUCCAGCAAUCUUGCACGUGAUGGCGAAAGUGAAAUGAAGUUUUUGGCAAAACCAUUCGUUAUGGGAGCUGUGAUCGCUGGGGCAGUUGUCGGAUUGCUUGGGGCCAUACUACUGGUGAUGUUCAUUGUGUAUCGCAUGCGAAAGAAAGACGAAGGCAGCUACGCCCUGGAGGAACAGAAAUUCACAAACUAUUCCUACAUGAAGGCACCAGAGAAGGAAUUUUAUGCGUGAGCAGAACGUUAAUGAGGAGAUGAAACUUAGCUUACAUCUCUAGCUUGGCAGAAUUAAUAGAUGAAAAAAUAAUGGAUACUACGACAAGAAGAACCACCGAGUUCCUGGCACAUAGCAUUUCAAUUUUCACAUCGACUUUUAAGAAAAUUUCGUAGAAAUAUAAAUCUUUCCUGUUUCAAUGCAAUAGUGAAACCCAUUGAAAUGUUGCUGUUAGGGCAUUCUUGUGUAUAGGAAAAGGUGCUGUGCCUCUUUUGUGAAAAAUUCUUAGGAACAGCAAUGGUUUGUAUGUGGGAAAAAGUCCCCAUUGAAUUAGUGAUUGUAUCUGUGGGUAAUGGUGUCCAUGGGAACAGUUUGA